GUAAAAACCCCAAUGGCGGCCGCACUGCUGAAUCCGAGCGAGGAUUGUUCUCCCGGCAACGAAUCCAGUAGUGCAAUGUCCAACUCGUCCGGUUGCCUGAGUGUGCUGCUGAAGCUGCUGGCAGACUUCGGGAGAGAGCUCAAAUUAGGCGACUCUGUGUUAAGAGUGGACGUCAACAUGGAUGCUGCCAGUCUUCAGUCUUCGGACGCUGCUCACAUUUACAGCUGUUUGCAGCAGCACAUUACUAAGUUACAGGCUGUGUCAAAAAGCCUGAGGACCCUGACGGAGGCUCACGGGUGCACAUCAUUAGCGACGGAGAAGGAGAUGACGCCACAUGACGCCGUGUCCUCGUCUGCUCUUGAAGACCCGAGCCCGCCCGGGCAAGGCCCUUCCCUCACCGACGGCGCAGAAGCCGCGUCAGAGGUGACCGGUGACGUCCUGGUGCAGAUCCGAGCUGGCAAGUCCGAGAUUGAGCGAAGAAUAUCUGCAUUUAUGGAGCGCAAGCAGAUGGAGAUCAAUGAAAACAACGUGCGCGAGUUUUGCAACGUGAUCGACUGCAAUCAGGAGAACAGCUGUGCCAGAACAGAUGCUGUGUUUACGCCUUACCCGGGAUUUAAAAGCCAUGUGAAAGUCACACGGGUGGUGAACACAUAUGGGCCUCAAACCCGCGUGGGAGGCCAAGGAGAGGCCGGCGACCAGGUGCGAGGCCCGCCGGCGCGUGACUGCGGCAAUUCAGCCAUCGAGGAACGCCUCAACAACAUUGAAUUUCACCUCAAACUCCCGACAGCGGGUCCGGUUCCGUUGAGUGUCUACCAGAGGUUGAAGAAGCUGGAGGACCGCAUCCUGCAGUUGGAGGGACUCUCGCCAGAGUACUUCCAGUCCUCGAACCUCGCACACAAACGACCCAAGACGUCACCUACUCAGGCCUGCAGCCUGACGGAGCUGGAUGAAAAGAUCAGCGCCGUCAAAGCGGCUCUGUUGAAGAAGGCCAACGUGUUUGGGUCCGGAUACGGUCCAGAGUACCCGCUCUGACCUAAGGUGGAAUCAUUGUAAAGUUUAAUAGUGUAAUCCAUCCAUCCAUUUUCUAUACCGCUUCAUCCUCAUUAGGGUCGCGGGGGCAUGCUGGAGCCUAUCCCAGCUGACUUCGGGCGACAGGCGGGGUACACCCUGGACUGGUCGCCAGCCAAUCGCAGUAAUAGUGUAAUAUUUCUGUAAAUAAAUCUCCCUUGCGUAAUCAUUGUACACCUUUAAGCCGUACACACAAAUAUAAGUGCAACACGUUUAAGCUAGGGAUGGUCCGAUCAGUCGGCCACCGAUCAGCAUCGGCCGAUUUCCGUGUAAAAUCAUGUGAUCGGCGUUUGCCGAUGAAUGCCUUUCAACGCCGAUCACAAAAGCUGAUCAUCUGUGGCUCGUACUAGUCUUGCAGCCUGCAGGGAUCCCUUCGUGCAGCGGAGUGUCUUGCCUUAACUCACGUCUUGAGCAGCAUCGUCCUCACACUCUCCAAAAACAUUCAAGUCUGCUGUGUGGAACUUAACCGUCACGUUACAAAAAUGAUCUUGCAGGGAUAGCACGUUAAAAAGCUUUAAUAUGGCAUUCCAACAACAAACACGUAAUGGAGUAUGGUGAGUUUUGGAGGCUCACGGUGUGAUCACCAGGCAAACGGCAGCUGACGCAGCCAUGUGGCCAAUACUUGCACGUAUGUGCGUGACAGUCAGAUGGCUAAGCUAAUAACCCCAAAAAUAAUUGAAUUAAUCGAAAUAGAUGACGAGCCUUUCUCAGCGUUGGAAGACACCGGGUUCACCGAGUGCUCUCUCACUUACUUGGAAGUCCUGCUAGAGCUCCACCAAUGUACUCUUGCAUCCGAAGGCGUCUCAUCCUCUGGAAGUUUCACCAGUGAUAUAUGUUGGUAAUGGUAAUGGUUUAAUUUAAUUGAACAUGCAUACAAGUUACAUUGGAAUACAUCACAUAUUACAAUUCACAGUUCCACAUGUCCAAAAGGAGCUGAAAGAAGCAAAGCUUAUAAUGUAAUGUGGUAAAAUAGCAGUCAAAUAUCUUGUCACAGUAACUACCUCAUAUGACAAUCAUAAUAAGUAAUAUGUAUGAAAUUACAUAGUUUGAUAAUGGGUAAGUACUGACAAAAAUGAAGAGUUAGUAAUUAAGUGUGGUAGUGAUUAGACAUAGACUCUUCUUCCUUGUACUUUGCAAACAUCAACUGCUUGUAUUGUUUCUUGAAAUCGCUCAUCUUUGUGCAUUGUUUGACUUCCUUGCUCAAUCCGUUCCAUAAUUUGAUUCCACAGCGUUCUCGUGUAUAAAUGUUUUAAGUAAAAUGUUUCUCUAAGGCCAUAUUUCUCCUGUCUUGUUGAAAAGAAUUGGAUGACAUUUUUGGGUAGCACAUUGUUGUUUGCUUUAUGCAUAAUUUUAGCUGUAGAUCAUCAAAUUUUAAUAAUCGUGAUUUUAGAAGUAGAGGAUUUGUAUGUUCUCUAUAUAUGCCGUUAUGGAUGAUCCUGACUGAUCUUUUUUGUAGUACCUUUAGCAAAUGAAAUUUACUUCUAUAGUUGUUUCCCCAAAUCUCCACACAGUAAGUUAGCUAUGGUAAUACCAGAGAGAAAUAAAGAGCAUGGAGUGAUUUUUGAUUGAGAACGGAUUUUUCUUUAUUUAAUAUUGAUGUAUCUCUCACCACUUUAUGUUGUGCAUUUUUAAUGUGAGAUUUCCAGCUCAUCUUUUCAUCUAUAAUGACCACCAGAAAAGUAUUUUUGUUCAUCCUUUCAAUGUCCACUCCGUCUAUUUGUAUUUGGUCGUACAUGUCCUUUCUGCUAUUACCAAAUAGCAUUAUUUUUGUUUUACUUAGGUUCAGGGAUCAUCUGUUUUUAUCAAACCAUCUUUUUAGUAGUCAUUUCAUCUCUGACUUUUUUUAUGAGCUCUUGUGUGCUAUCUCCAGAACAGAAGGCAGUAGUAUCGUCAGCAAAUAGUACUAGCUUUAGGUCUUUGGUGACUUUACAGAUGUCACUUAUUUAUAGGUUGAACAGUUUUGGUUCCAGUAUUGACCCCUGGCCCCCCCCCCCCUACAAUAUGUUUAAACAUGCUGAAGUAUAUUCUCCUAGCUUCACACAUUGCUUUCUGUUAGCUGGAUAGCUUUGAACACAAUUCAACACUAACCCUCUGAUUCAAUACCUUUCUAAUUUUGCAAUCAGGAUGUUGUGAUUAAUUGUAUCGAAAGCUUUUGUCAAAUCCAUAAAUACUGCAGCUGCACACUCUCCGCCGUCUAUAGCGUUGUUAAUUUUCUCAGUAAUUUUCCUUCAGUGCCAUGGAAGUUGCAAUAUUAGCUCUGUAACCAUAUUGACUGUCCGGGGGUAAUUUAUUCUUAUUAAUAAAUUUGUACAACCUGCGGUUGAAUAACUUUUCAAUCAUUUUGGAAAAUUGUGGUAGUAAUGAAACAGGGCGAUAGUUUGCAAAUUGAUGUUUGUCUCCGUUUUUUAAAAUUGGAACUACUUUAGUUAUUUUCAUUUUGUUUGGAAAUUUACCGGUUUGAAAGGAUAAGUUACUGGUGUAUGUCAGCGGUUCUGCGAUCUGGUUGAUUACCGUUUUUAUCGUUUCCAUAUCGAUUCCAUUACAAUCAGCCGAUGUUUGUGUUUUACACUUAUUGACAAGCUCAAUGAUUUCCUUUUUUGUCACAUCAGUGAGGAACAUUGGAAUUAGUGUUCCUGUCUACAGUUUCAUCCCGCUCCUCCACUGACAGGAAUUUUGGGAUCUUUCCCUCCAGUGUUGGUCCAAUAUUUACAAAACUAGUUAUUCAACUUUCCAACUGCCUCAUUCAUAUCAUCAUAAUUGGCAUUUUCAACUGUGAAACAUUGAUGUUCUCUUCAAAAAGUAAAAUAUGCUUUUGUCUAAAUUAAGGUGAUUUUGUGGUUCCUUUUUUGAUAGUUUCUGUUUACAUUAAAUUACAUUUUAGGAUGACUUGUCCAAGGCAUACUUGUGUAGUCCUGUAGUACUCCGUAAUCCUAACUUGAACCCUUUUAUGUCAGGUACAUUAUGUUUGCAUGUGGGGUAUGUUUUUGUCUCAAUUCGGGGAAAACCGGUUGCAUUUAUAUUUUUGUUGAAUAAAGUUGACUUCCUGGUUUUUUACAUGUACUUUACUUGACAACAGGAAGAAAUCAGGGUUAUUGGUUAUCAAUGAUUGGACUAAUUAACGAGCAGACGAAUCAAACAAGCUGCUAACACGGAGGUGUACGUGUGUGUGUGCGCGUUUACCGCUGUGUGUAAUUGAGAGGAAGCUGAGCGAGGGCACCUGAUUUCUGUGCCUGACUGCUGCGUGCUGAUGAUCAGCGCUAAUGGUUAUCAUUAUGACAAAUGACCUGAUUACUGCUACUCUUGUUUGCGAAACAUCUCCGAGACCCAACAAACCGGCAGCGCCGCUUAAACGGGCCGCCGCUGAGCUCGACGCUACUGUCGUCGUUUCGCUGUGGCAAUUAUGUUUUUAUUGUGUUUCCAGCGAGGCAGAGGGAGCAUUGCACUACUGCAAUUGAUGUUAAUUUCACUUAACCUAUAUGGCAGCAAAUAACAACAAAACCUAUCUUUGUAGCCUUUUUAUUUUCAGUCACACAGAAAAAUGCGACACAUACAGAGAAGUUGAAAAAUUGCAAGAAUUUACAUUAUGCACUUUUGGAUUUUGAGGAGGAGAAUGGGAGUGAGACAAAAACAUUUUUUAGUAUGCAAUACAGUCAUGGAAAAAAAUGAUUACACCACCCUGGUUUCUUAAGUUUGUUGAUCCAUUCUAAUGCCUGGUACAACAAAGGUAUAUUUGUUUGGACAAAUAUAAUGAUGAUGAUAAAUAUAGCUCAUAAGCGUUUAAUUUAAGAGCUCAUAUCUGGCAACUUCCUUGCUUUUCUUGAUAAUAACCAAAAUCACUUAAGUUCUUACAUGAAUAGCUAUAGCAUUUUGUACUGCCAAGAAAUGAAACGCUUAUGUCAUUGUUGUAUUUGUCCAAACAAAAGGUACCUUUAGUUGUACCAGCCAUUAAAAUGAACAAGCAACUGAAGAAAGAAGGGUGCUCUAAUCAUUUUUUUCCAUGACUGUAUGUUCCAAACAAGCAUUCCAGUGAAAUAGGCUGUUCAUCAGCUGAUCAAAAGUUUAAGACCAUAGCUAUAAACAAAACCUAAAAUAGAAAUAAAAUGUUGAUUCAGCAAUGAGUAGCAGCGCCGUUCUUGUUAAUGAGGUGAAAAAUUGGUUUGGGUAUGCUUGAUGCCAGUGUUUCCAGGAGGCUAGUGGGAAUGUUGCUCCAGGUGGUGAAGAUGGCUUCACGGAGGGCAUCCACUGUCUGGAACUGAUGGCCAUUUUUGUAAACUUCCCUUGCCAUCCAUCCCCAAAUGUUCUCAGUUGGGUUUAGAUCAGCAGGAUGGUCCAGAACAGUGAGCUUAUUCCUCAGGAAGAAGUCCUUUGUCAUGUGAGCAUUGUGAAGUCAUCACCACACAGACAAGGGCCUUCAGUCAUGAGGGAUGCCCCCUGCAACCUCUCCACAUACCCAGCUGCCGUUUGACGCCCCUGGACAACCUCCACAACCAAGCUCCAUUGUUCCAUUGAAGGAUCAUGAUGGCGACCGCUCCAGUGUUCCAUGCGGAAAGCCUCUCAGGUGGGAUCUUCUCGUACUGCCGAUAAUGUUGGAAGCCAUCAGGACCAAUGUUCCCUCUAAGCUGCACGGUUCUCAGCGCACAGCAAAUCCACAAAAACAAUCCAACCAGAACUGUAAAUGAAUUACAACAAUUUAUUCUGUACCAUUUGGAAUGCAACUCAGUGAGUAGCAGGGAACAACAUAUAACACAAUGAUGAACACUGUCCAGCCAGUGAUAAGAUUGUGUUGGCACAUAUUUACUUAUGCAGCCAAUCAGUUCGUUAACAGUGCGUUACGUCGUACAUGCUGCUGUUUUGCAGGUUAGCGUACAGCUAAUUCUGCAGCGAAGUUAAGAUACCUACAGUAAAUGCUGCUUGCUAACCUUAGGUGAUGGCGAAACGAACGCGCAUUGCAACAUCCACUUGCCAAGCCCAAAAAAAAAAAAGGAAAGGAAAGGAAAAAGAAAGAGGUUCUUUUAAGGAGGACCGGGUGUCGGAGGAUGUGCAAACAGAAGAUUAAGAGGUGACACACGGUGAGAUUUUUUUUACAUUUUUGGACGAGAAAGGGCGGCUUUAUAAAACACUGCAAAGCCAAAGUAGCAAUCGAGUUUUCAGAGCGAAAAGUGUGGACAGAACAAAUGGUGUAACUGUACAUGUUGUACUGCCGUGCUUUUAUUUUGAUGGCUGGAUGUACCGAAUACAGGAAGUGUUACGCCGAGUUUGUGUUGCUGAAGGGACCAGAAGGUUUAGAGUUAAUUUUUUUUAAAAUAUAGACACAAGUAAACAUAUACAACAAAUAUGCCAUCAAUUUCAAGUACAUUUCCAGGAUGAAAUAGUGCUACAACUGGCUGCUUUAAAGCUGAACGUGAAAGGCAAAUAAGGAAAUGAAAGUAUGCCUAAUUAACAAUAUAAAGGGUAAACAAGAAAAUGGAAAAUGAAAUGAUAAACUAGGGGUUUUCUACAAGAUUCAGAUGGUUAAUUGUAUGAGAGCAUGGCUUGUUUUGUCUGAGGUUGAGAAUAAAGAAAGCUACAUUGUAGAAUCCUCCUUGCCAUCUGUUUGAAGCCAAUCAUAACAAAAUAGGACAGAAGGGAAGUUCCCAGUUGUCAACUUUUGGACAAGUGCGAUACGACAGUGUGCACAUCUGAUGCCGCUCACAAAGGUCCAAGGAAUGCUCAGGUCGUUUUGUGUAUGCUCAGGUACUUGAAAUAUUAGGGGGAACAUUGAUCAGGACCAUCAAGGUUUUACAUUUUUUUGUCUUCAUUUUUUUCACCUUUCAAUGUCCCAUGUUUGGUGCUCUCCGGAAAAUUCCAUUUUUUUUUAAAGUCAGAAUGAUAAAUAAACAACACAAACUCUACAAGUACAUAUUUCUGACAUUUCCAAAAAUAAAUCAGCCACCCUUCUUUUCAUUAACACAGAAGAGCCUUCCAGCCAUGGAGUUUGUCAGUUUCUUGAUCAUUUCACCAUCAACUUUUUGUGCAGCAGCAACCAAAGCCUCCCAGACACUGUUCGGAGAGGAGCACCUUUUUUCUUCACUGUAAAUCUUACAUUCAAGGGCCCACAAGUACUCAAUAGGGUUUAGGUCAGGUGGGCAAGGAGGUCAUGUCUUUAUAUUUUAAGACAUUUACUCUAGAUAGCCACACAGUGGAGUACUUGGAUGCAUAAGAUGGAGUAUUGUCCUGCGUGAAAAUCACUGUCUUCUUGAAAGAUGCACACUUUUUCCUGUACCACUGUGUGGGAAAAAAGUGGCAGUAGGUUUGGGAGAUGAGUUUGAGUCCACCUUCAACCUGAAAAGACCCAACAAGCUCAUCUUUUAAUAAUUCCAGCCCUGACCAGUACCCCACCUCCACCAUGCUGGCACCUGAGUUGGAGUGGAGCCCUCUGCCCAUUGCUGAUGCAUCAUCAGUCCAUAAAACAGAUACGUCUUGGCCAAGUCAUAGCCUUUCAAAUUGUGUGUCUUGUUCAGUGGUGGUCGGGUCGUUUCAGCCUUUCUUACCUUGGCCGUGUCUCUGAGCACUGAGCACCAUGUACCGUACGUCUGGACACUCCAGGUAGAUUAGUGUUCUGGAAUAUGGCAGCACUGGAGGACAAUGGGCUCCUUUUGGAGCUUCACAUUAGAUUUUUCUCAAAUAUUUGGCAGCUAAUUUGCAUGUUUUUUCUUGACACGUUUCUUGCGACCCUUUUCCGCACUUGCAACAAAACAUGUAAUGGUUCUGUGGUCACGUCUUAUUAUCUUGGCAAUUUUGGCAAUUUCAAGAGUGCUGCAUCCCUAUGAAAGAGUUUUUCAAAAUAUAUUACUUUAAAAAUAUCAUUGCUGUUUCAUGGUUGAAUACAGCCUGUUAUUAGUCACAAAUAUGUAUAUUUGAGCACAUUUUACACAUUUUUAGUCUAAAUGAAGCAUUUCAAGCAUAACAAUAAUACAAAUAUAAGGCACUCAGAAUACGCAUUCAGACAUGUUAUGUAGUAUACUAAAAAAAAAAAGGAACCAAGAGCGCUGCCAAUGCUAACAUGUGUUAGUCUAUAUUAUUCUUUUAUAUAUUAAAUAUUUUCUAUCUACGAUAUUGGAUAUUAUGAGUAAAAAGAUGACUAUGGGGUGUCUAGAGAGCUCUAAUAAUAUUAAAAAACAUAUUUAGAAGGUUGUAAGCACUAUGAAAAUAUUUCAUUUAUAAAGAAAGAAUCCUAAUUUGCAGGAAUUUACUCAUCGCUGUUGCGUCUGCAACCGAUUAACUGAUAAACAAGGGAGUACUGUGUAACACACCUGGAUUCCCAGGGAAUAAGAAAACGGAGCAAGAGGGUUCAGUGUUGCCAACUUAGUGACUUUGUCGCUACAUGUUGCGAGUAAUCAGACCCCUCUAGAUUCUUUUUUUCAAAAAAGGGACUAGCGACUCGCUGUUCUCAACAAGCAGCGAGGGCUGCUGUGGGCCCCUCCCCCAUCUGAAAGCACUCACAGGCUGGUCUCUGACAUUAAAAAGAAGCAACGGAGGAAAGUUCAUUUGUAGUACUAAACGUGAUUGCACACUAUGUACCAUUAAAGUUGCUAAACGGUGUGCUUUCCUAUAAUGGGAAUAACUAAGUCACCAUGGUUUUGAAUGGUCUUGGUUACGAUUAACAAAAUGUCAUAACUUCAUCAAAAUCGAGGAAAGUGAAACCAUGUUUGACCCAUGUUGAAAGUUUUAUUGGGUUGAUAAUUGGUGUAACAUUUACUGUAUAUCACUUCAAGAAAGUAAAAACACGAAUAAAAAAAAACCAAGUUCAAGGCCACUGAGCACAAACUUGCCAUUUAAAUCACGCCAGCGGUGCGAAAACAACUUGUUUCAUGUCGGAAAUAAAAUGUCAACGUCUAAUAUUCAAGCUCAACAAGUGUCAGAUGUCAAAGCGUUUACAUACAGUGACCUUUCUUUCUUUGCAGAUAGUCUUUGUUGAGAAAUAUUUCACAUUGACUGACGGAGUGACCUCCAGUAUAAUAAAACGCUUUGCAUUCCUUCCACAGAAAUGGGGAUUUUUUUAAUAUAUAUUUUUUAAUCGCUGUUCUUUCAGGUGAACCUCGUUUGUUGGCUCGAGUCCUUAUGUGGAUGUGAGACUGGAAUGUUCCAGCCAACAAGGGGCCGAAAUGUGCAGGGACCACUUGAGCUUUGCUGCAGCGUUGA